CAACGCGUAGAAAUAUCUUCCAAGAGAUUGUGUCUCGAUUCAUUGGAUUUUCUUCGCGUGUGGUUCCCGUCUUCUUCCGUCUUCUUCCCGGUAAGUUCUUCAAUUACCCCUGAUUCAGUCGAGGUCAGAUCGGAUCCGCCAAAAGAAGCACGGAAAUUUCAUGUUCUAGGGUUUUCGGUUUGAUUGUCUUCGUGUAUUUUUAUUGUCGUCGCUUUGGUUGAUUGCCCUAUCUGAAAUCUACGGUGUAACCUUUGUUUUGCUCCUCCUGUUUGUUGAUUUUUUAUAAUUGUCUGCCUAUUUAGGGUUUGUAUUUUUGCGGAACCCUAGAAAAGGAAAAGUAAUUGGCUAUUUGUUUUGUUCUUUUGUUCUUGGAGAUUUUGUUUGGUAUCUUUAUAGAUUUUGUUUAAUUGAGAAGAGUUGUGUGGUUCUUGAUUGAUAUGGCGGCAGGACGAGUUGAUGUUCGGAGGAGAAUUGAUGUUGAGAAAGUGAAUCGGUGCUAUGGUCGUGCUAAUUCCGUUAAGAAUGGAUACGAUUGCCCAUCUGAUCGGAAGAUUUCGGCUUCCCUUCAUAAGAGUAAGUUUGAAUUGGGUCGUAGGCGAUGUUGGUUAGACAAUGAUGUGAAAGUUAAAAAGGAUGAUGAAGUGCAUCAGAAAAAGAGGAAGUUUUCCCCAGUUAUAUGGAACCUAGAAGAUGAAGACAGGAGAGCUUUAUCCAAGUCCGGAGAUAUAGGAAGAACUACCACUCUGUCAUGUCUACCUUCACCUUUGAAGUUGUCAAAUACUGUUUCCAAUCAGGACGAUAAGCAGCUGCCCUUCUCUGUUGAUCUUAUCAAAGAAGAGCAUUUGUUGCUACCCAAGUCUCCGGUGUCAAAUAUGAGUGUUGUUUUAUCUCCUUCACUGUCUGGCCAGCAAUGGAAGGAUGAUGAACAAGAAAAAGGUUUGAUGGGAAAAGAUGACUUUCAAGCUCCCAACAUAUUUACAUCACGAUGGGCUUCCGAUAGUGAUGAUGAAGAUGGAUCUCUCACUGAGGAAAAGUUAAAGAGGAGUUCGAGUCUUGAGAGUGGUGAGCUUGAAAGAGAGGAAUUGGAUGGAGACGGGGUUCGGUCUGAUGAAAGAAGCAGCACUGAACUGUCUGCUUGCAAGGGUGAAGAUAAGGAGUGUAACUUGAACUCUGAAGGCAUGGACAUUGAUGACUGGCAUGAAGAAGAUGCUAUUGUUGAUCAAUCAGAUUUAGAUGUUGAGGAGUCUGUAGGAAGUGGGAUGAACAUGCUUCUUGGUUGCAGAAGUGUUUAUGAAUAUGAAAAACUGAAAAAAAUAAGUGAAGGUACCUACGGGAUUGUCUAUAGAGCUAAGGAUAAGAAGACCGGAGAAAUUGUGGCCCUGAAGAAGGUAAAAAUUCUUGGUGGAAGGGAGUUAGAAGAAUAUGGUUUCCCUGUGACAUCACUGAGAGAAAUUAACAUUCUUGCAUCUUUUCAUCACCCUUCGAUUGUUGAAGUUAAAGAAGUUGUCGUAGAUGACCAUGACAAUGUUUACAUGGUUAUGGAGUACAUGGAGCAUGACUUGAAGUGGCUAAUGGACUCGAUGAAGCAGCGUUUCAGUACAAGUGAUGUUAAAAGCUUGAUGUUUCAGCUACUGGAGGGUGUGAAAUAUCUUCAUGAUAAUUGGGUGCUACAUAGGGAUUUGAAAACAUCCAAUCUUCUGUUGAACAACCAAGGUGAACUCAAAAUAUGUGACUUUGGUAUGGCGCGACUGUAUGGGAGCCCUCUUAAGCCAUAUACCACCAAGGUGGUUACCCAAUGGUAUAGAGCUCCUGAACUUUUACUUGGAGCAAAGAAGUAUUCCAAAGCUGUGGACAUGUGGUCUGUUGGUUGUAUAAUGGCUGAAUUGUUAGCUAAGGAUCCUUUGUUCAAAGGGACAAGUGAAAUUGAUCAGCUCCGCAAGAUCUUUGAUACUCUUGGUGUUCCUAAUGAGAAGAUUUGGCCUGGGUUUUCUGAAUUACCAGGUACCAAGGCAAAUUACUCUAAGCAACGGUAUAACUUGUUGCGAAAAAAGUUCCCUGCAGCAUCUUUCACAGGAUCUGGUGUCCUUUCUGAUGCAGGAUUUGACCUGCUAAGCAGGCUUCUUACAUAUGAUCCUGAGAAGAGAAUAACAGCAAGUGAUGCUCUUAAUUAUGAUUGGUUCCGGGAGCUUCCUCUCGCUAAAUCUAAAGAGUUUUUCCCUACUUUCCCACCAAAAGUGUGAAUGUGAUGAUCCCCUGGCCUGAUUGGUGAAAAGCUUGACACAACCAAAAUAUUAACCGUGCUAUGCAUGAAGGAUCCGAAUCUGGUGUAGCAGCGGUGAUUGACAAAAAUACGAGAUGCAUGGUUUGGUAGCAAAUUACUGGGGAAGAAACUGAUAUCAUCUUUUGGCGGCUCAUAUAGCCUUAAUGAGUCGCACUGGUAUUUGGAAGGAUACAACGUUGGUGUUUACUGUUUAUGGGCAGCAAGUUCUGCACACAUAGGUUGAUCAUUUUAUAACUUGUGAGAUUUCUUUCCAUAUGUUUCUUUGGUUUCCUCUGUGUUGUUUUCUUGUUUGUUUGGAAGUGUUGCAGAGGGGGUUGAAAGCCUGCAAACAACAUAUGUUUCUUUGGUUUCCUCUGUUGUUUUCUUCUUUGUUUGGAAGUGCAGCAGCAUUUAAGGGGGUUGAAAGCGUGCAAACAAUUAUUUCGUAUGCAAGUAAGGCAUUGUUUGCUUGACUUAACUUCUCCCCUAAGAAUCGACCAACCAUUCUCAGCUUAUAUAUUAACUAUUACGCUGACAGACGAAGUUUCUUGAUUAGCAAGCUGCAGAUGGUACGGUUGGAGGGAAAAAGGAUAAUAUAACCAAGGAUAUUAUUAAACGAGGCUUGCUGUUCGUUAUACUAUGCCCUUCCUGUUUUCAAUGCUUUAUUUCUUAACAUUUUAUUUAGGAUGAAUGAAUGUUCUUGCAGUCUAGUGAUUGCAGCGCCUUCUUCAAUAUGGGUAGGUGAUAUAAAAUUUCAUCUUUCAUGAGGUAGUUGAAUGUAUUACAAUCCUUUAAAAGAAAUCACUAUUUGAAUGUGGACAGUUUCUUUCUUCUGGA